GCUUCUUAUCUCUGCCCUCAUUGAACAUUAUAAUUGUGUAGCAUAUAAAUUUUAUUAUCUUUAAUUUUGAUGGAUUUGUGAAGUCAUUUAUGUGUUCUAACUUCUUAUUCUACACAUUCAUUCAUAUACACUAAUAUUAUAAAUUUAUAUACAAUAUAAUCAAACAAUCAAAAGAAACAAGUGCUCUAAUGUCAAUUGAUAAUUAAUAUUCACGUUGAAAAUAUAAAAUAUAUUUUUUUUGUCUCAUAUUAUAUAUCUUACUUUUGAUUUUUUAAUUUUAUAAUAAGACGAAAUAAAAAUUUUAAUAAAUAUCAAAUGACGAAUUCAAACAAAAUACCGAGACGCAGUAACGCACACCAAGAGAUUGCAGUAAGAUGAUUAAAUGUUUUGUCAUAAAAAGAUAUAAUACAAAAGGGAUGAAAUAUGAGUUGAAGAAAAUAAUUAAAAAUGAGGAAGUCUCAUCACAAUAUUGCAGUGGACGCUGUUAAUAAUACAGACUACCUGGAACUUACCAGAAAAUUGUAUAGAGGAGUUACAGAUGUAGCAAAGCGGCUUGAUGAUCAAAAAGCAUCAGCAUUAACAAUAAAAGACAUAUUUACACCAUCAGGUGAAAUAUUACGUGGCAAACUUAAAGAUUAUUGCGAAAGAUUAAUUUUUAAUGAUCCCAUUGGUCAUGCACGAAAAAUUGAAGAGCUAUUGUGGCGACGUGCAUUCUAUGAUGUCGUGUCAACAGCUAAAAAAUUACGGAAGGGAAACGUUUGGAAUCAAGUUGAAAAAGCUUUAUUAUCAACUCAUUUAUCAGUGGGUGUGGGAUUUUAUCAUCAUUUGAUUCUUAAAUUACAAUUGGAAUGUGGUCUUGAUUUAGCUGGUAUCGUUGAUUUUGCUUUUCCACAACAGAGACAUGGUCUAUCAGAUCAUGGAGACAGAACUAUACAACAAAAAUUUAAAUCAGAAGAAGCUCAACAAUGUGUAAUACGUAUAGUUCAUCGUAGUUUAAUCUGCUUGGGUGACUUGGCUCGUUACAAAUUAGAUUUAGAUCCAACCUGGGAUCCAAUGAUAGCAACAAGAUACUACAAAAUGGCAAUAACAAUAGAUCCAAAUAUCGGAAUGCCUCACAAUCAAUUGGGAACAGUUGCGGGAAAUAAAAAUUACGGUGUUGAUGCUGUUUAUCAUUAUAUGCGUUGUAUUUUAUGUCCUGAAUCAUUUGAAGGGGCUGAAGGUAAUUUAAAACGUAUUAUAUCAUCACAUUUAUUUAACGGAAAAGAAAAAUUACCAUCGCAACGUUGUGCGGCUCGUCUUUUCACUCUGUUAACAAAAUGGAACAAUGGUACACCUGUUAAUACUGAUCAAAUAAAUAAUGAUUGUCAAAAAUUAUUGGCUGAUAUUGAUAAUUGUCUGAUAACUGAUAAACUAAAUAAUAAAACAAAUAAAAUAGACGGUGGUAAUGAUGACACUGAUAAUAAUGAUAGUAAAGGAGAAUUAACGCGAACUAUUGAAGAAUAUUUACAAAACUAUAAAUCUGAUGAGUCUUUAAAAAAUUUAAGUGACGAUAUUAUUUUUAAAAUGGUUGCUAUUUGUUUAAUGUCAAUAUCUAAACUACAAUCUAAAGAGUCAUCUCAAGUUCACGGUAUUAUAGCAUUUAUUUUAUCACUGCUUUCUCAAUUGAUACAAAUAGUAAUUGAUAAUUUGCAAAAAUGUAUAGUUGAAUCAUUGCCAAAUGGAUUAUUGAUUAAAGAAAAAGUUUAUGAUGCUGAAGAAAAACAAAUUGUCGAGCCAGAAAAUUCAGAAGAAUUAAAUAAUGAUGUUGAUAUUAAUGUUAAUUAUAGUAAAAAAUUUAAUGAUAAUAAAACAAAUUCUGUUAAUGGGCAUUUGGUUAAUGUUAACGGUAAUAAUAAAUCUAAAGGUAAAGCCAAAAAAAGUUUACUAAGUAAAUUACGUCGUCCACGUAAACGUAUUAAUUCUUCGGAUUCAGACAACAGUGAUGUAGAUGGCCCGCAUUUGGAUGAUUCAAGUGAUGAUUUAAAUUCCGAUAUCUCAGAGACGGAGGAAGAUGCACUUAGUGAUUGUCAGCUUAAUUCAGAUCCUGAUGAUAUAACGGACGAUGAAAUUGACCAAGCAGAAAAUUGUUUUGGGACUGAAGAAGUGGGCUUAUUAAAUGGUCAUGCUACCACCGGUGAUGAUGAUAAAUUAUAUGAUGGAGUAACUGCUGAUAAUUUUGAUAAACAUGAUACAGCUCAUGUUAAUGGAGCCAAUUCACCUAUUGAUUAUAUGUAUCAGAAGAAACAUGUAGACCAGAUGGAUUAUUUUAAUGCAUUGUCAAAAGAGCGUUUAUUUUAUUCAAUUAAAAUAUGCUUUGAUUGGUUAAAAGGUAAUCCAGAGAUUAUUAAAAUGAUAGCCAAUAGUUCACGGACUCUGUUACAACGUAUUGCUGGUUUUCUUAAUUUAAUAAAUAUUGAUACAUCUGUUGUUAUUGAUAAAUGGGAUCGUGAAUCAGUUUCUUUGACGGCUAAUAAAUUACAAGAGUAUACUAAAAUAGUCCCACUGCCUGAAGAUAUUGAUUUACGGGGAUUAAAUGUUUUAGAAAAUGCUCACAAAGAUAUUAAUUGGAAAAUAUUACGUAAAUUUAUGAUUAAUAAAAAUGAAGAAAUACUUUUGAGAAUUUUAAAACUUAUUGAUUUUGGUAAAUUUAUAUGCACUAUUGAAGACUCUGAUUUUAAAUUUGAUGAAAAACAGAAUUUGUAUGUUGUUGUGGAUUUAAAAGAACCUGUUUUGGUUAAGAAAGAUAAGCAACAAGAAGAAUGUGAUGUUGUUAAUGAUAACAAUGAAAUUAAUUCUGAUCAUCCACGUGGUAAAUUGAUGCGUCAUAUGGGUAAAUUAUGGCUAAAAGCUGAAGUACGGGCUUUAGAAACUCGUUUAAGAUCUAAAUUAAUGUCGCCGUAUCUUGUUGUCGAUCAUGAAGCUCUUACUAAACAUACACCCGUUCUAAAACGUUUAGUUUAUGCUAAAAAAUUUGUCAUUGUUAUUCCUUCAAUAGUUGUAUCGGCAUUAGAUGAAAUGAAACGUACAAGCGGACGAGCACGUGAAGCUACAAGAUGGUUAGAAAAUCAAUUACAAAAAGGAUCACGUUUCUUACGAGCUCAGAGACAACACGAACGUCUCGCUCUUCCGUUAAUUAAAGGACCUAAACCUAAAGAUAAAGAAGCUUGGCUGUUCUUCCAGAUUAUCGAAUGUUGUCAUUAUCUUACUCAGCAAAAUAAAGUUGGCCUCAGCAGUGACAAUGAAGCGCCAGUUGUUACUUUAUUAACAGGUAUAAAUACGGAGGAUAGAAAAUCAUCAACUUUUAGUCCAGACGGUCUAGCAAAAAGUGCAGGUAUUAAUCUUGAACACAUUGAAUCAUUUCACACCAAAUGGAAAACAUCAAGUAAAAGUCACGGUUGAAAAUAGUUCAUUCUCACCUCAAUGUGUUUCAGCUGCCAUUGGCUUGAUGUCAAUGUAAUAACAUCCACAAUAACUCACGCCCUUGAACAGUACUAUCAAUCACGAUGGUCAUUCAAGGGCUCGGAGGGUUGGAAACCCAAGAAAUUAUAUUAAA